GUGGGAUUCUUCCCCAGCCACUGAGCAUGCGCGUGGGAAGCCUGGGGUAGGCCCUGCUGUUUUUCUAACUCUAGUUCAAUCCUACACUGCCGUCUCAACCAAAACAAGGCGCAAGAAAAUCCCCCUUCUGGACGGCGAAUAACCGAGGGUUUCCAUCACCACUGGAAUUGAGUUUUUGUGUUUGGACUUAAAGCGCUCAAUGACAAUCUGCAGCAGCCCUUCUGCAACCUUUCCAACCUAAAGAAGAUUUAAGAGCAGAUUUACAGUGGUUCAGGAUCAUUGCUGCUAUUACAGAAAUAAUGACAUGAGAGGUGGCUAGUGCUAACAUGUGGUGCCUCCAGUCUCACACCCGAAUGAAAGCACAUACACCCCACAGGGACCCACAGCAGGCUUUUCUACCUUGACCUCCGAAUCCUCCGAUCGACCCUGCGCAUAAAAACAUUUAUAUUCACACGCACCUUCUGUCUUGCCCACUGAUUGUCCUCAUCCUACAUCCUGUGGCAAGCUCCUCUCUUCCUUCCUUAGAGCAGGCAGGCCUGGAGGUUACAAAUGUCUACCUCACGCUUAAAGGUCCUCUCUCUACAACUACGACCCUGAACACACUACAAAAAUGACCUCAAGCAUAGACCGGGAUGACAGCAGUAUCUUUGAUGGGUUGAUGGAAGAAGAUGAGAAGGACAAAGCAAAAAGAGUUUCUAGGAACAAGUCGGAGAAGAAGAGACGAGACCAGUUCAAUGUACUCAUCAAGGAACUGGGCACCAUGCUGCCAGGAAACACACGCAAGAUGGACAAGUCGACCAUCCUACAGAAGAGUAUCGACUUCCUGCGCAAGCACAAAGAAAUUGCCGCACAGUCUGAGUCGAGUGAAAUCCGUCAGGACUGGAAGCCACCUUUCCUUAGCAAUGAGGAGUUCACACAGCUGAUGCUGGAGGCGCUAGAUGGCUUCUUUUUGGCCAUCAUGACAGACGGAAACAUAAUCUACGUCUCAGAAAGUGUCACGUCUUUAUUAGAACAUCUACCUUCUGAUCUUGUGGAUCAGAAUCUGUUGAAUUUCCUUCCACUGGGUGAGCACUCAGAGGUGUAUAAAGCCCUGUCCACACACAUGCUGGAGGGAGAGACCCUCACCCCAGACUACCUAAAAACAAAGAACCAGUUAGAGUUCUGUUGCCACAUGCUCCGGGGCACGAUCGACCCGAAAGAGCCGCCCGUUUACGAGUACGUCAAGUUCAUCGGAAACUUCAAGUCCCUCAACACUGUGCCUAACUCAACACGCAACGGCUUUGAGGGAGUGAUCCAGCGAUCGCUGAGGCCCAUGUUCGAAGACCGAGUGUGUUUCAUAGCAACCGUGAGGUUAGCCAAGCCUCAGUUUAUCAAGGAAAUGUGUACUGUGGAGGAGCCCAAUGAGGAAUUCACCUCCAGACACAGUUUAGAGUGGAAAUUCCUCUUUUUGGACCACAGGGCACCCCCCAUCAUAGGUUACCUACCCUUCGAGGUUCUGGGUACUUCAGGGUACGACUACUAUCAUGUGGAUGACCUGGAGACUCUGGCCAAGUGCCACGAACACUUGAUGCAGUAUGGUAAGGGGAAGUCGUGUUAUUACCGUUUCCUGACUAAAGGUCAGCAGUGGAUCUGGCUUCAGACUCACUACUAUAUCACAUACCACCAGUGGAACUCACGGCCAGAGUUCAUCGUCUGCACACACACUGUGGUCAGCUAUGCUGAAGUGAGGGCUGAACAGCGCAGGGAGCUGGGCAUUGAGGAAUCACCUCCUGAGAUCUCCGCAGACAAGUCUCAGGACUCGGGCUCGGAGUCCCAGCUGAACACCUCCAGUCUGAAGGAGGCGCUAGAGCGAUUCGAUCACAGCCGCACUCCCUCGGCCUCCUCGAGGAGCUCCCGUAAAUCCUCGUCACACACCGCUGUCUCGGACCCCACGUCCACGCAGACCAAGCUACAGACAGACCACAGCACACCCCCCCGCCAAUCAGUGUCAGCCAUUGAGAUGACAUCACAGCGGAGGUCCUCCAUUAGCAGUCAGUCGAUGAGUUCUCAGAACACAGGACAGACGAUGGCGACGUCCCUUGUGUCUCAGCCUCAGCAGCCUCAACCACUUCAGCCCAGUGUGCAGCCAGUGCUGCAGUUUUCCACGCAGAUGGAUGCAAUGCAACAUCUUAAGGAGCAGCUGGAACAGCGCACACGCAUGAUUGAGGCCAAUAUUCAGAGACAACAAGAGGAACUGCGGCAAAUUCAAGAGGAGCUGCAGAGGGUGCAAGGCCAGGGCUUACAGAUGUUCUUGCAGCCCGGUAGUGGUGGUCUCAACCUGGGCUCAGUGCAGCUGACGCAGGGUUCAUCCGUGCAGCCAGGGGGCGCUCUGUCCAUGCAGGGGGCGGUGGUGCCGGCGGGGAGCCUGCAGAGCGGCCUGCAGUCCACACACACAGCGACACAACACACUGUCACACAGCAUCCUCAGCAGCAGGCACCGCCGCAACAACAGAACCUUCUCAGAGAUCAGAGCUCCACUCUAACUCAGCAGUCUCAGAGGUCGUCUCACACAUUGCAGUCUCCUCAGGGAGCACUGCCUGCGUCUUUGUAUAAUACCAUGAUGAUAUCUCAGCCGACGCAGGCCAACGUUGUCCAGAUCUCCACAAGCUUGGCUCAGAACAGCAGCCCCAGCGGAGCCGCGGUCGCCACUUUCGCACAAGACCGGCAGAUACGGUUCCCUGCCGCCCCGCAGCUCCUCACUAAGCUAGUAACCGGCCCAAUGGCAUGUGGCGCAGUUAUGGUGCCUACCACCAUGUUCAUGGGGCAGGUGGUGACUGCGUUUGCCCCUCAGCAGGGCCAGCCUCAAACGAUCAGCAUCACCCAGCAGCCGUCUGCGCAGACGCCGGAGCAGCAGGCUCAGACACAGUCACAGACAGCUACAGGAACAGCCCAACAACAAGGACAGGCCCAGGCUCAGCUUGCCCAGCAGCAAACACAAUUCCUACAGGCCCCUAGGCUUUUACACGGCAACCAAUCAGCCCAGCUGAUCCUUCAAGCGGCGUUUCCCCUGCAGCAGCAAGGCACCUUUGCGGCCGCCACGCAGCAGCAGCAGCAACAACUGCAGCAGCAGCAGCAGCAGCAACUGCAACAGCAGCAGCAGCAGCUUCAGCAGCAGCAACAACAGCAGCAGCAACAGCUGCAGCAGCAACAUCAACAGCAACAACAGCAGCUGCAGCAUCAGCAUCAACAGCAGCAGCAGCAGCUGCAGCAGCAACUGGCAGCUCAUCGCUCAGACAGCAUGACGGACCGGUCCAAAGCGCCGCCUCAGUAGCUGACCGCACGUCAGGGACACAACCCUGCCUCCACUGAGCAGUCCUGCAGGCUGAGGGGCUCCUGAGGGGGGAUGUUCGGAGCUCAAAACAGCAGUAUUUUGUACUGUACCCUCUCAGAUACCCUUCCACUGCUUAUAGGUGAAGGGCCAGACCUAAACGGGUGUGGCGUUUUCACCCCGUGCCCGUCUCCGACCUAUAGGUAGUUGAUCAACGGCUGCUUGCACUGAAUUCUGGGAGAGGUCCGACCACGAGCUGCGAACUUUCUGCUGGCUGGCGAGGAAACAGCGGCGUCUGGUUUUCCGCAAACUGUGCUCACCACAAUAACCGCAUCCCCUUUGUCUCGUAUGCCCAGUGUGUGCCGUCGUCCCUCUUUCACAGGUUUUAAUUUAUGCAGAACGAGCCGCAGCGAGGGCUUCAAGACUCGGGAAGAAGUCGCGCAGGACAAACGACGUCUUUCUCUUGGCCUCUCCUUUUCUUCCUCUUUCCUCCUCAUUUUACUUGUCGCAAGUAAUUAUGGGUCAGAAAAUAUUUUUAAGAAUGUCACGUGGAUUCAACUUUUAUUGUACAGUUCACCUGUAAAAUAAUGUGUAAAUAUAUGGACAAAAGGAAAGAGAAACUAAUAUUUUAUAUGAUGCAUGAGACGAAAAGCCUAGUCUGUUAUUUGUAGCUUUGAAUAUACUUUUUUUUUCUAAUAUUCAGAGGAAAAAAGCAAAACUUAAUACACAUAAUGGCUGAUCUCUUCACAGACUUCCUUUUUCCAGUGGGAUGGGGGUGAGUGUGUGUGUGUGUGUGUAAGUGCUUGCGCACAUGUGUUCGUAUGUGUGCGCAUGCAUGUGUGUGUGUGUGUGUGUGUGUCUGCCAAUGCUGGAUCCACAGAUCGUGUCACAGUUGGUUUAAAACUCCCUUCGGAACAGGCAAUCUUUUGCAUCGUGUUAUUACCUUAGUAAUUGCUAAAAUAUAGAUAUAUUUCAGAGAGAUGUUCUACAUUUGUAAAUAGUUUAAAGAGAAGGCUUCACGUUUAGUAUAUCAUGCGAUUUUAGGCAAAUAAAAAAAAAAAAAAAAAUGUAGGGAAUGGCGCUUCGACUGUUUAGCGCAGAAUCAUUGCGGCUGGCAGCGGCCGAUGAUAGCUACAUACUCUGCCGAACUGGAACUGAUGCUUAAAAACUGCAGGGUUAUGAUGAGGAAAAAUAUAAUCGCAUAGUGUGUACGAUCCUAAAGGAUAUAGGUAAACUAGCUUAAGGCUAAGCCAUAGCUUCCUCUAGUUUUACAAUGGUUUACAUGGUUGUUUGCACUGUUAUACAGUGUUUUAGGCAUGAUUCAUUAAAUAGGUUUGACAAACCGGAAAUAUUUUACACAACCAAACCUGUUUAUCAUCUAGACAUAACAAAUUCACAUAUUUGCACAGCUUUAAUGCAGGAAUACUUUCACUUGCCUUUCUCGGGUCUCCUCUCGUUGACAAGUGAUGACAUUUCAAUGAUAGCGACUUGACUUUGCAAACCUUCUUCCACUCAGCUCUGGAAAAGCAGGAAUGUAUCGGUUCACUAGUACCUCUGUAACGCUGACAGUCACUAGAAACUUUUAGCUCUUUGUCCAAAGCACAGAAAACAACCCUGAUGUCGACAAUCUAAUUCUGUUCAUUGGCCUCUGUAGGGCUACAAUUACUGCAGUCGAUUAAUUCGAUAUUAAAAGCGUGUCUUCGGGAGCUUAAAAUGUAUGCUCACUCUUGACAAGACAGCAGUUGCUAAAUUUAAAGCUUGCCCAAAAAGUUGCCCGAUGAGACGUCGUUAUUAGUUAACCAUCAUGAAUGUUCAAAAUAAUAAAAAAAUAUAUAUAUGUUUUUCCUCUAUGUGAUGGAUGCUUAUGAAGAAAUCUUAAACACUAUUUUUAUUUAAUUUAAUUUUUUUAUUGUAAAAGCUUAAAGUCACUUUUAUCAACAGGUAGCACUUAUGGAAAAUGGUUUUUGUAUUGUUUGUGUUGGUCUUGUUUGACAAGGCCGUGUUAUUAAUUGUUUUUAAUUAUUAUUCUACUCACCAGAAGUUAGCGCAUUGAGCAAUAUUGCCUCUUCAGGUUAGUGCAAGUAGACGGGUGUAGUUCAUUCCAAUAUAUUCAAUAUCAGACCUCACUAUAUAUAUACAUAUAUAUAUGAAAGUGCCAGUCUGAAUGUUUGGUUUGUGCGGGAUGUUAAAGCCAACCACCCGGAGUGCUGGUCCAAUCACAGUUCAUGUUGCAGUACCCACUCAAUAGCAGGAUACUCGUGCGAUCUACGAUAAUGCAGUAUGUUAAUGUAAUCCGACUCAUCCUGUUGUUCUUCUACCCUUCGAGACGCUCCUGUGGUAUAUGACGGUCGUUAAUGUGUCGGUUUGUGUGGUCGUGUAAAAGUAAAGGAUGGUUGCACAUUUCAGUACCGCAGAACUUUUAUAACGGCACGGCUAGAAUGAGCAAGGCGAGAUUAUGGAUUGAAUGUAAAACUGUCACGUAGCUUUAUAGUAACAUUUAAAGAAUAUUUUAAAGAGGAAUAUAUUGAAAAUUAGAUGUUCAUAUUUUUCUACGGCAAGGUCGGAACAGAGAAUUUAUGCAGAUAGACUAUAGUUGAUGUAUAAAACGGCUGUUGUACACCUUUUGCUAGGAAAGGGAACAGAAAAUUAAGCUCACUCCCAUAUCGUAACCUCAAAUGAAGGAUUUAAACAAACUGUGACACACUGGAGGACCGGUUGAACUUUCUCCCUUCGAUGCAGUUGGAUUAGGAAGUGGUUGUUUUAAGGUUUAUGCCCGAGUAAGAGAGGUCUUUGAUGUUUGCUACAGACUCCUGCUUAUGUUUUGGGGUACUUGAAGGUAAUACAUUUUUUUUUUUGUUGUUUUUUUUUUAAAGAAAUUUUGCUUAAAAAGUAUAGGACACCUAUACAAAUUCAGGCUGGGUCGAAAAUGACCUUCUGAUGCAUAGUGCAUCCUCUGGAACCGGCAUCAGAUGUCAGAUGUUGACGCGUGAUGAUGUUUUAGAGUACAAGGGGUUGUUUUUCUGUUUUCUGCACUGAUUUGUAUCACGUCAGCCCCAAGGUAACAGAAAUACUACAGCUUCCUCAGGUUGGUUCAGAAUAAUAAUAAUAAUAAACCCUCAUCAAUCUCGCCCCUCCUUUCUCUUCCUCACUUGAUCUUGUGAUAGUGACCUCUUCAAUAACACAUUCUUCUGCGUUCACACACACACACACACACACAAACAGGACGAUACAAAAUGGUUGCUCUCUAUAUGUACCUCUGAAUUGUCUGUGGUGCUCGAUGCAACUCCACGUCAACUGGGGUUUUAACCCAAAGAGCUCUGAGAAAAGAUGGGAGAACAUGGCAAAAUCCUGUUGAAAUUUUUUUGUUUUUUUUUAAAUAUUAAAAGCGCCCAGUGGAAAAGGGGGUGGUGAACCAUGUUAAAUGUUCUGUAGUUCUGAUGUACGCACUAGAAGUUCUGAAUGUCUAUCAGUGUUCUCUUGCUAUCAUUUAAUCUUUGUAUGUGUGAUGUUCUUUGCAGAGCACUUGUGUUUGGCUCAUGAAAUUUAUCUGAUCAGUACACGUUAAUAUGGAGGAAAAAAAAUAGCUAAUUAUUUAAUUAUACCUAUAAUUAGGUUUAAGCUUUCACCAUUUGCUAGGUUUCGUCAAAUUGUAAUGCUCCACCAGGGGCUGCUAGAGCAUAGCUCUGUUUUCCUAAAAAAUAAAAAAUAAAUCUGUAAUAUCAGAAAAAAGUGUGCUGUAUUGGGUUCAUUUUGUGAGCCAGGCCAUUCUUACAUUUAACAAAGAAAUAAUGGAACCUUUUUAAACAAACAGUGCCGUUUACUCCCCUUAUUCAAUUUUGAAAAUAAAAUUAUUUAAAAAUAUAUAUAUAAAUAUAUAUAUAUAUAUAUACAUA